AGCGGACGGGGAAGUGCGCACGGCGGUGCGUCUGCCUCGUGGCCUGGCGCGCGCCGGCCCUUCCGCUGGCAGCGUCCGGUCCCGGGCUGGCUCUGAGGGAGGAAAAAAGGCACUUUGGCGGCUGAUCGCUUCCUCCCUGCCAGUCAUGCGAUCGGCCGCCUCCAUCGGCGCCGCCUGCAUGCGCCCCUCCGCUGGGCCCUCGGGAUGAAGUGAUUGAGAAGAAAGAGUGAACAUCCUCAUUUCACAGAUAAGACAACAUGGAUCAGCCUUUUACUGUGAAUUCUCUGAAAAAGUUAGCUGCUAUGCCUGACCAUACAGAUGUUUCCCUAAGCCCGGAAGAGCGAGUCCGUGCCCUAAGCAAGCUUGGUUGUAAUAUCACCAUCAGUGAAGACAUCACUCCACGACGUUACUUUAGGUCUGGAGUAGAGAUGGAGAGGAUGGCGUCUGUGUAUUUGGAAGAAGGAAAUUUGGAAAAUGCCUUCGUUCUUUAUAAUAAAUUUAUAACCUUGUUUGUAGAAAAGCUUCCUAACCAUCGAGAUUACCAGCAAUGUGCAGUACCUGAAAAGCAGGAUAUUAUGAAGAAACUGAAGGAGAUUGCAUUUCCAAGGACAGAUGAAUUGAAAAACGACCUUUUAAAGAAAUAUAACGUAGAAUACCAAGAAUAUUUGCAAAGCAAAAACAAAUAUAAAGCUGAAAUUCUCAAAAAACUGGAACAUCAGAGAUUGAUAGAGGCAGAAAGGAAGCGGAUUGCUCAGAUGCGCCAGCAGCAGCUAGAAUCAGAGCAGUUUCUGUUUUUUGAAGAUCAACUCAAGAAGCAAGAAUUAGCCCGAGGUCAAAUGCGAAGUCAGCAAACCCCAGGGCUGUCGGAGCAGAUUGAUGGGAGUGCUUUGUCCUGCUUUUCCACACACCAGAACAAUUCCUUGCUGAAUGUAUUUGCAGAUCAACCUAAUAAAAGUGAUGCAACCAAUUAUGCUAGCCACUCUCCUCCUGUAAACAGAGCCUUAACGCCAGCUGCUACUCUAAGUGCUGUUCAGAAUUUAGUGGUUGAAGGACUGCGAUGUGUAGUUUUGCCAAAAGAUCUUUGCCACAAAUUUCUGCAGCUGGCAGAAUCCAAUACAGUGAGAGGAAUAGAAACCUGUGGAAUACUCUGUGGAAAACUGACACAUAAUGAAUUUACUAUUACCCAUGUAAUUGUGCCAAAGCAGUCUGCGGGACCAGACUAUUGUGACGUGGAGAAUGUAGAGGAAUUAUUCAAUGUUCAGGAUCAACAUGAUCUCCUCACUCUAGGAUGGAUCCAUACACAUCCCACUCAAACUGCAUUUUUAUCCAGCGUCGAUCUUCACACUCACUGUUCCUAUCAACUCAUGUUGCCAGAGGCCAUUGCCAUUGUUUGCUCACCAAAGCAUAAAGACACUGGCAUCUUCAGGCUCACCAAUGCUGGCAUGCUUGAGGUUUCUGCUUGUAAAAAAAAGGGCUUUCAUCCACACACCAAGGAGCCCAGGCUGUUCAGUAGAUUAGGACAGACAUACACAGAAGGAAGACCAUGGGAAAACAUAGAAAGAAGACUGCCAUCUACAAGCCAAAGAGAGAGAGAGAGAGAUCUCAGAAGAAACCAAUCCUGCCAAAACCUAGAUCUCAGACUUCCAGCCUCUGGAACUAUGCUCAGAGUGUGUGCACAAGGCUGGCAUGCCCAGGGUCUUCCUCAUGGCACUAGCAGUCUACCGAAAGGUGGAACAGAGAGAAGCCUAUCAACACCUACAAGACUGGUGGUUCUUAUGUCUGUUGCUAGAUUAUUGUCCAAAAGUGUUAAUGCCCAAGUGACUGAUAUCAACUCCAAGGGAUUGGAAUUGAGGAAGACUGUUACUACAAUUGAGACUCAGAACUUGGAAGACCUGCAUCAUGAUGGCCAAUUCUGCCAUAAGCCCUGUCCUCCAGGCGAAAGGAAAGCUAGGGACUGCACAGUCAAUGAGGAUGAACCAGACUGCGUGCCCUGCCAAGAAGGGAAGGAGUACACAGACAAAGUCCAUUUUUCUUCCAAAUGCAGAAGAUGUAGAUUGUGUGAUGAAGGACAUGGCUUAGAAGUGGAAAUAAACUGCACCCGGACCCAGAAUACCAAGUGCAGAUGUAAACCAAACUUUUUUUGUAACUCUGCUGUAUGUGAACACUGUGACCCUUGCACCAAAUGUGAACAUGGAAUCAUCAAGGAAUGCACACUCACCAGCAACACCAAGUGCAAAGAGGAAGGAUCCAGAUCUAACUUGUGGUGGUUUUGUCUUCUUCUUUUCCCAAUUCUACUAACUGUUUGGGUGAUGAGAAAGAAAAUACAGAAAACAUGCAGAAAGCACAGAAAGGAAAACCAAGGUCCUCAUGAAUCUCCAACCCUAAAUCCUGAAACAGUGGCAAUAAAUUUAUCUGAUGUUGACUUGAGUAAAUAUAUCACCACUAUUGCUGGAGUCAUGACACUAAGUCAAGUUAAAGGCUUUGUUCGAAAGAAUGGUGUCAAUGAAGCCAAAAUAGAUGAGAUCAAGAAUGACAAUGUCCAAGACACAGCAGAACAGAAAGUUCAGCUGCUUCGUAAUUGGCAUCAACUUCAUGGAAAGAAAGAUGCGUAUGACACAUUGAUUAAAGGUCUCAAAAAAGCCAAUCUUUGUACUCUUGCAGAGAAAAUUCAGACUAUCAUCCUCAAGGACAUUACUAGUGACUCAGAAAAUUCAAACUUCGGAAAUGAAAUCCAAAGCUUGGUCUAGAGUGAAAAACAACAAAUUCAGUUCUGAGUAUAUGCAAUUAGUGUUUGAAAAGAUUCUUAAUACCUGGCUGUAAAUACUGCUUGGUUUUUUACUGGGUACAUUUUAUCACUUAUUAGCGCUGAAGAGCCAACAUAUUUAUAGAUUUUUCAUAUCUCAUGAUUCUGCCUCCAAGGAUGUUUAAAAUCUAGUUGGGAAGACAAACAUCAUCAAGAGUAAAUGCAGUGGCAUGCUAAGUACCCAAAUAGGAGUGUAUGCAGAGGAUGAAAGAUUAAGAUUAUGCUCUGGUAUCUAACAUGUGAUUCUGUAGUAUGAAUGUAAUCAGUUGUGUUAGUACAAAUGUCUAUCCACAGGCUAACCCCACUCCAUGAAUCAAUAGAAGAAGCUGUGACCUUUUGUUGAAAUAUCAGUUACUGAACAGGCCACUUUGCCUCUAAAUUACCUCUGAUAAUUCUAGAGAUUUUACCAUAUUUCUAAACUUUGUUUAUAACUCUGAGAAGAUCAUAUUUAUGUAAAGUAUAUGCAUUUGAAUGCAGAAUUUAAAUAAGGCUCUACCUCAAAGACCUUUGCACAGAUUAUUGGUGUCAUAUUAUACAAUAUUUCAAUUGUGAAUUCACAUAGAAAACAUUAAAUUAUAAUGUUUGACUAUUAUAUAUGUGUAUGCAUUUUACUAGCUCAAAACUGCCUACUUCUUUCUCAGGUAUCAAAAGCAUUUUGAGCAGGAGAGUAUUACUAGAGCUUUGCCACCUCUCCAUUUUCACCUUGGUGCUCAUCUUAAUGGCCUAAUGCACCCACAAACAUGGAAGUAUCACCAAAAAAAUACUUAAUAGUCCACCAAAAGGCAAGACUGCCCUUAGAAACUCUAGCCUGGUUUGGAGAUACUAACUGCUCUCAGAGAAAGUAGCUUUGUGACAUGUCAUGAACCCACGUUUGCAAUCAAAGAUGAUAAAAUAGAUUCUUAUUUUUCCCCCACCCCCAAAAAUGUUCAAUAAUGUCCCACGUAAAACCUGCUACAAAUGGCAGCUUAUACCUAGCAAUAGUAAAAUCAUCAUCUGGAUUUAGGAAUUGCUCUUGUCAUGCCCUGAAGUUUCUUAGAUUUAAAAGCCUUCUCCUUACUGCUAUCCUACAUUUAAAUAUCUUUGAAAGUUUGUAUUAAAUGUGAAUUUUAAGAAAUAAUAUUUAUAUUUCUAUAAAUGUAAACUGUGAAGAUAGUUAUAAACUGAAGCAGAUACCUGGAACCACCUAAAGAACUUCCAUUUAUGGAGGAUUUUUUUGCCCCUUGUGUUUGGAAUUAUAAAAUAUAGGUAAAAAUACUUAAUUAUAAUAACGUUUUUGGUAUUUCUGGUUUUCUCUUUUUUGGUAGGGGCUUGCUUUUUGGUUUUGUGUUCCUUUUCUCUAACUGCUGCUAAACAUAACUUGUUUAUGAAUCUUUAAUGCUUCUUGGGUCCCUUAGAAGGUACUUCCUUUUUAACCUUAACCCUUUUAGUAGUUAAAUAAUUAUUUCCAUAGGUUGCUACUGCCAAGAAGACCUCUUCCAAACAGCACAUGAUUAUUUGUCAAACAGCAUCAUAUUCCAGAUACUGGAAUGUGGAUAAGAAAGUAUACAUUUCAAGGGGUAGGUUUUAUUAUUAAGAAAGCCAAAUGAGGAUUUUGAAAUAUUCUUUCCUGCAUAUUAUCCAUUCUAGCUACAUGCUGGCCAGUAGGACCUCUUUCUUUUCUGCAAUUUAAUGCUAGUAAUAUAUUCUAUUUAACCCAUGACUCCCAAAGUAUUAGCAUUUCAACAUGUAAGCAUGUCGGUGAGAUAGUUGUGCUUUGCUUAGGGUUCCCUCCUGUGUUAUGGUCUGGAAAGUGUCUUUAGGCAGAAAGUCUGAGUGAUCAUAGGGUUCGCUCAUUAAUUUCUCUUCUCUGAGCGAUCACAGUCUGUGCUUUCUGCUCUCCAGUUUUCUAUUUCUAGACAGAAGGAGGGCAAGUCAGGUACUAGUUAUUCUUCAUGGCCAGAAGUGCAAGUUCUACUUUGCAAGGCAAGAUUAAGCUAGAGAACACCCUAUUCCACUUUGGUGAACUCAAAGCAAGAACUUUGAGUUCCUUUGGGAGGAGGGCAGUGGAGAAGUCUUUGUACUUGGUGUUGUGGCUUUUUUCCUCAUGGCUUCACCCAGUGGCCCCAAGCAUGACUUCUCCCAAGUCAACGAGCACAGCCAUGUUCCCGAGUUGAGGUGACCCCAUGGUCCAGAAUCAUCCUCAUUCUGGUGAACCUGGUUCUCUUUGUGGUGGGCAUACUGGGUAGGAGAAUCACCCAAAGGUCACUCAUGAUCUGCAGAAAAAAGGCUAUUUGCAGAAGGAGCUCACAGAUCACAUUGAAAGCAUUGCAUGUUCAAACAUCUUGGUCUUCUUUAUUGGCAUGCCCACAGGGUCUUCUGACCUCUGAUUAGAUCAGACACUUUUUAGAUAUUGAAUCAUCAGUUUCUGUACAACUAUCUGAAUAAGGCAUAUCAUCAAUGAAAUUUAGAAUUUUUUCUAUGCUCACUCCUGAAUGGUAAUUUGUUUGGGUUUAGAAUUCUAUACCAGGCCAUUUGUAAUUUUCCUCAGCACUUUAAAAAUAAUAAACCAUGUUUUCUUAA